AUGGUUGGCCCUACCCACACUUCCGAUUCCAUCGAAAACACCUUAGCUCAGCUAUUGCAGUCCCAACUCACCUUACAGCAAGACAUGCAAGCCAUCGUCCACAAGGUUUCUACCCUGGAAACUCGUAACCCCAUCCCUACAGCUAGUUCCUUUUCGGGACCUCAACCACUCACAGCACCAGCGGAUAUUAAAGCCGCAACCCUGAAGCUCGAGGUUCCUCGCUUCGAUGGCUCCAAUGCAUUGGGCUGGAUCUUCAAGAUCACCCAAUUUUUUGAAUUUCACGGUACACCGGAAGAACAACGGCCACGAAUUGCUUCGUUCUACAUGGAAGGCGAGGCACUUAACUGGUAUCAAUGGAUGCAUGCUAGUGGUCAAAUCACUAGCUGGCCGCAACUGCUACAAUCCUUAGAACUCUGUUUUGCACCUUCGCAAUACGAUGACCCGAAAGGCGACUUGAUGAAAUUGUUGCAGACAACUUCCAUCCGUGACUAUCAGUCCCAAUUUGAGGUUUUAGCCAACCGCUGCAUUGGCCUCCCUCACCCUUACCUCUUGAGUUGUUUUAUUUCGGGCCUCAAACCGGAGCUCCGUCGGGAAGUUCAAGCUCUCCAGCCCAUGACUCUACCUCAAGCUAUUGGGUUGGCCCGCCUCCAGGAGGACAAACUAAAUGAUCAACGUUCGCAAUCGCGUUCCAAAUUCUUCAGUGGCUCACAACCUUCCGCAUUUGGGGGUAAUCGGUCCCCGAUCACGACUUCAACGGUUACCGCGGGACAAUCCACCCCUGCCCGUACCUUCCAUAAACCCAACAUCAAACGCCUUUCUCCUGAGGAACUCCAGAUCCGCCGUGACAAAGGGCUUUGUUACAAUUGCGAUGACAAGUACCAUCCUACGCACAAGUGCAAGCGUCAAUUUCUGCUACUGAUUGCGUCGCCAGAUCAAGCUGCUGAUGAUGACGACCUUCACCAAAUGAUGCUGGAUUGCUCCAACCCCACUGUGGAUGACGGUACUGACCCACCACCCGGACCCACAAUAGAUGCAGCCCAGAUAAGUUUCCAUGCCCUCUUGGGCCAUUCUGUUCCCCAAACUUUACGUGUUCAGGGCCGCGUGGGUAAGGCCCAAUUGUCCUUAUUAAUUGAUAGUGGGAGUACCCACAACUUUAUUCAAGGACGCAUUGCUAAAUAUUUGGGCUUAGACAUCCACCAAGCCCAAGGAUUUCAGGUGUUAGUGGGCAAUGGGGAAGAAUUAAACUGUUCUUCUAUGUGUCAACAGGUUCCACUUUUUAUUGCUGAUCACCAGUUCUUUGUUGAUUUUUAUUUGCUGCCCAUUUGUGGAGAAGAUCUUGUGCUAGGGGUCCAAUGGCUUAAAACGCUAGGCCCAGUGCUCACCGAUUAUGAAGCCUUAACCAUGAAGUUUAUCAAGGAGGGCAAGUUGGUCUUGGUUCAAGGAGUUGCUUCUGAGCAGGCCCAAGAACUUAACUCAGCCCAGUUGAAGAGACUGAUAUCAACACGUGCCGUCGCAGAAUUAUACCAUCUUCAAGCUAUUCCACCUCACACCACAUCCACUCCACCCGCCACAUACCCUCAUGAAAUCGAAAAUAUCCUCUCCAGAUUCCAUUCCCUUUUUGAGAUCCCCUCUGAGCUACCACCAUCUCGCCCCACUGACCAUCACAUUCCCUUACCCCAUAGUUCAGACCCCGUCAAUGUCCGACCGUACCGCUACCCGUAUUUUUAG